GAGAGCAGGGAGCUGGUAGCUGCUGAGGCCCCCCAGACCCAUCGGCUUCCAUCCGCCCCGUGCAGUCCCCGACGCCGCCCCGCCUGCACGACAUGGACGAUCGGGAGGACCUCGUCUAUCAGGCCAAGUUGGCUGAGCAGGCUGAGCGCUACGAUGAAAUGGUUGAAUCAAUGAAGAAAGUGGCCGGAAUGGAUGUGGAGUUAACAGUGGAAGAAAGAAACCUGCUUUCUGUUGCAUAUAAAAACGUGAUUGGAGCCAGAAGAGCUUCCUGGAGAAUAAUCAGCAGCAUUGAACAGAAAGAAGAAAACAAAGGUGGAGAAGAUAAAUUAAAAAUGAUUCGGGAAUAUCGGCAAAUGGUUGAGACUGAACUGAAGUUAAUCUGUUGUGACAUUCUGGAUGUACUGGACAAACACCUCAUUCCAGCAGCUAACACUGGCGAGUCCAAGGUUUUCUAUUACAAAAUGAAGGGGGACUACCAUAGGUAUCUGGCUGAGUUCGCCACAGGAAAUGACAGGAAGGAGGCUGCAGAGAAUAGCUUGGUGGCUUAUAAAGCUGCUAGUGAUAUUGCAAUGACAGAACUCCCGCCAACACAUCCUAUCCGCUUAGGACUUGCGCUCAACUUCUCUGUAUUCUACUAUGAAAUUCUUAAUUCUCCUGAUCGUGCCUGCAGGUUGGCAAAAGCAGCUUUCGAUGAUGCUAUUGCAGAACUGGAUACACUGAGUGAAGAAAGCUAUAAGGACUCUACACUUAUCAUGCAGUUGUUACGUGAUAAUCUGACACUAUGGACUUCAGACAUGCAGGGUGAUGGUGAAGAACAGAAUAAAGAAGCGCUGCAGGAUGUGGAAGAUGAAAACCAGUGAGACACAAAGGCCAACAAGAGAACCCAUCUCUGACCACCCUUCCCCUUCCCCACAAAAACCCUCAGUGUCACUCUGAGAACCACCAAAUCUGACUUUUACAUUGGGUCUCAGAAUUUAGGUUCCUGCCCCGUUGGGUUUCUUUAUUUUUAUUUUUUUUACACAGUUUAAAAGUUCUUAAAGGCAAGAGUGAAUUUCUGUGGAUUUUACUGGUGCCAGCUUUUAGGUUCUUUAAGACACUAACAGGACUGCGUAAAGGCUCUUUCAGCAUUACUGUAUUGUCUCCGCCAGCUGUGGCGAGGUUGCCAUUAGAAGUGGAUGUUACACCUGAAGGCCGUUAGACUUGUAGGGGAGAGAUUUGUUAUGGCAAGGUAGUGCGCAUGUGGUGGCAUUUUUCUUUUUUUUUAUAACUGUUUAAACUGAAUUUUAUACCAAUGUUUAAACUUAAUUGGGUGUUUAGCUUGGAAGUUACAGGUUGCAUUGGGACAUAUAUUGUAGUGGUUUUACUGUAUAAAAACAAAAGUUUCCAAACUGCUGAAAUGUUGCUGAAAAUCAUGGUGCUGGUAACAGUUCAACAAUCCGUGGCUGCUCAUUCUUGCCUAUUCUUUACUUUUCCUCAAAGCAGGUUAGCAUUGAAGGUGGCAUUGAUAAGCCUGCAUGCGUGUUCAAUAUUUUUUCUUUCUCCCUCCCCUUUCCCCAUCUCCCUUCGCUCGCUCAACCUCUUUUGUUCAGUAUGUGUAACUUGAAGCUAAUUUGUACUACUGGAUAUCUGACUGGAGCCACAGAUACAGAAUCUGUAUUGUUCUUACUGAAACACAGCAUGGAAUUAACAUUAAACUUAAAUAAAACAAACCUAAAUUAAAAA